ACAUGCACACAUGCAUAAACAACAAGGGCCAGAUCCCAGCUCUCUCUCUCUCUCUCUGUCUCUUUCAAAAACAAAAAAAGAACAAAAGGCCAGUUAAUUAGCAUAUAUGGCAGGAGAAGAGCUUACACUGCUGGGUUUGUGGGCGAGCCCGUUCGUGAUCAGGGUGCGCAUCGCGUUCAACCUGAAAGGCCUCACGGCCUACGUUUACAGCGAGGAGAGCAUCUACCACAAGAGCGAGCUUCUCCUCAAGUCCAACCCUGUGCUCAAGAAGGUGCCGGUGCUCCUCCACGACGGCAAGACCAUCUGCGAGUCUCAGAUCAUCCUCCAGUACGUCGACGAGGCUUUCCCCACCGCCGCCGGCGCGCCCGUCCUUCCCUCCGACCCAUACGACCGCGCCAUUGCUCGCUUCUGGGCCUCCUACGUCGACGACAAGUUGUUCAGCGCGUGGCUACCGGUCUUCAUUGGCAAGACGGCCGAGGAGAGGGUGGAGGCGGCGACGCAGGUCCUCGCCACGCUGGACACGCUGGAGCAAGCGUUCGAAGAGUGCUCCAAGGGGAAGGCCUUCUUCGCAGGGGACACCGUGGGGCUCGUCGACGUCGUGCUUGGCAGCUUUCUCGGGUGGCUGUACGCCACCGAGGCCAUCUGCGGGGUGAAGGUCGUCGACGCCACCAGGACGCCGCUGCUGGCGGCGUGGGCGGAGCGGUUCUGCGCGCUGGAUGCAGCGAAGGGGCUGAUCCCGGAUGUGGAGAGGCUUGUGGAGUAUAACAAGGCCAGGCGGGUGUUCCUUGGCCUUCCGCUCCUACCUUAGCUUAUUAUUAGCUAGGAUGAAUCUAAUAUAUACUUCUGUAUAAUGGAUCGAAUAAUAGUUCGAACAGGCCGUUUUUUUUUUAAUACAAAUUCAAUAAAAUAAAGUACUGGUACGGUGUUACACA